UUUCGCAUUUCUCUGGGGACCAUCAGCGUACUUACAGCACUUGUUGUCUCCUCAACGACGUCUUGUUACAGUAUGCUAUAUGUCGGCAUUAUUCGCAACGUUGUACUCUUCACUAUGGCUGCAAAGUACGCUAUUCACUUUUAUCGCCGCUGUUUUUCAAGCAUUUUCGCUGAUUUGGUGAGUUGA